AUGGUUGAAACUGUGGCAGAGGAGGCGCAAAAGUUGAAGCCCGAUUUUUCGGAAUUCAUCUAUCUCGCCUACGUUCUGCUUUUCGGAAUCGUCUGUUCGUUGGUGAGUUUCGAGAAGCUAGAUCUUUUAUCAGUGUAUCUCAAUUGCCGACAGAGAUAUCAAAAAGAUGUCAACUGAUAAAUUGUUUAGCACAAAAUUCUCGACAUUUCUUCUGUUGACUGAUUUUUGAUAUCAGUACAGACAGCCGAGAUACAUCAAUUUAAAGGAACGCUACUGGUGCCAGACUUACCGUCUAUUCAAAACACUGUAUCUCAGCUGCGGGUGAAAAUACCAAAAUGUUGUCAACUGAUAAAUUGUUUAGCACAAAAUUCUCUACAUUUGUUCUGUUGACUGAGUUUUGAUAUCAUUACAAACAGCUGAGAUAUAUUGCUUUGAAAAGACAAUAGUUGCAAAAUGUCCACUUUGAGGUGUUCAUGCUCCUGGUCUACAUCCGUGAUCACUACAAGUCCAAGCAGAUCGGCGAAAUGACCCACUACCCGACGGUGCCCGAUUGGCUGGAGGCCUCAACGGAUUGCGAGCUUCAGACGACGCCCAACUUUAAUUUCUACACCCGCUACUAUCACGUACGGCUCAACAGCUACGGGCGCGUCAAAGAGGACGGGCGGCCGACGAUGCAACGAUUGAGAAAGAUUCUGCAGAAGAUGUUCGGAGGUGUGCGGGUGGACGUGAAAGAUGGCAACAAUAUAAUUCCCGACGAGACGUGUGUCAUUCAAAUUCCGCGCAAAAACUUUGUCUGCGGCCGCACGUUCACCGAUUUCGAGCCCGUGUUCGGAGCAGCGCCCGGCAGUCACUACACGUAUCAAAUGUUCGGCAACGAGAAGCUGCAGGCGACGUACUACGUGGAGAGCGGACGGAGCCACGUGGCAGGCGUGUGCAUCUACGUGCACAGUCCCUACGUCUCGUGGGUCCACUACGACGAGCGCCGCAUUUUUGAGCUCAUCGACUCGCCGCCAGCGUACUGGCCGCAGAAAGAGCACGCGGAGCCGCCGGAUUUCAGUGUGCGGUGGAGCGAGACGCAAAUGGAGCCGGUCGUGCACACGCGAAGUCAGUACGGGCUCGAGCGGAUCCAGCGGAUCGACGGCGAGCGCAAAGAGUUUAGCGACGCGAAACCGAGUCUCGGAUACGGUCAGUACCCGCGGAGGGAGGAGCCGAGGGCGACGACGAAGCGGAUCCGCGUGAUGUUCUGCAAGGAACGGGCGGCGCCGGUCAUGUUCGGGUUGCGGAACGGAAAAGCGAAGCACGUCGGAUGGAAUGCCCGCGCCGAAGACUUUGAAAUUGUGGAAUGUGCAAAGUGCGAGCAGGAACAGGAACUCCUUCCCAAUCUUUAAACGAUUCUCUGAAAACGAAGAGCACGGUCUCCAGAGCUGACAAUAUGGGCGUGGCCUCGGCGGCCAAAUGGCGUUUUCAUGAAUUAAGCAGGUUUUUUCUGAUUUUUGUGGUCAAAGGCGAUGAAAAAUGAUUGUUCGACAUGAAAACACACGAAUUCUCAGAAUUAAUGACGUUUUGGCGCAUUUUUCGCCGACUUUGCUUUUUCGCCUUCUCAGGUAAAAUUUCAAACUUUUCUUGGCUAUUCUGAAGACCUUUUCAAACUUUCUCAAGAAAAAAAACUUUUCCAGAACUUUCUGAAGCACUAACAACUUUUCUAAGCCUUUCUUAAACUUUUUCAAGAAAUUCUCAAACUUUUUCUAGCCGAAACUAUUUCAAACUUUCUGAAACUUUUCUAGGCAAUUCUCAAACUUUUCCAAGAAUUUCUUAGGUGAGUUCGAAGCCUAUCGCCGCCUCAAAACCGCACUUCUUAUUUUGCGCUUUCUUGACCGUUUUCCGACAGAAUUGGUUUUGAGAAUGAUAAAUCACGUAAAUACAAGCAUUUUGAGCGCUCGAACAGCGAAAAUUACCGAAAAGCAACUGAAAUUCACGCAGUUUUAGCCAAAAAUCUUCAAACGGAUAAAUGUGAUUUGCGACUUGACCAAAUUUGACGCUCUUGCGCUUAAAAAAUUCGUAAUAGCCUAUACAAUCGGUCUAUCGAGAGACAAAUGAGAAAUUAUCGAUUUUUCGUGGCUAAUCUGGCAAAAAACACAAAUUUUGCUGUUAAAAUUUGAAUUUCGCGCCAAUAUAUCGUUCUAUUGGGCGGGGCGCACUUGCACCCAUUGUCAGCUUUGGAGACCGUGACGUCUGUUUUUCAGACAAUCAUUUAUUCCACUUGACACUUCACUUCGUUAUUCGUAUGUACUCGAAGAUCUUGAUCCUCCCCGAACGGUUAACUUUUCUCGAAAAAACCUGUCAUUUCUCAUCAUUUCUCAACCAGUUUAAUUGAAAUAAAUGCGUUUUUCUUACAAUUACUCAUCGUUUCCCGUCCCGUUUUCAUCUCGGAGCUCUUACUUCACUGCCCUCGGUGCUUUCUCUUUCUCUCUUCCUCUUUUUGGACCCCUCUCGCUCCUUUCUUUUACUCUCUGCGUAUCUCGAAACAUUUCUUCAAUUUCCACUUUUCCUCUUUCAGAUUUCGAUGGAAAACGCGGUGUUUUGGGUCCUUUUUCUCUAUGGAUGGAUCUUUAUUCCACUGGUGGGUCAACUUUAAAUCGAUAUUGUAGGGCAGUUAAGACGAUCAAUUGACCCCCCAACUCUUUUUGUGAAAAACUCAUACCUAGAAGUUGGUUUUUGUACGUGACCACUUUUGAGAGUACUGUAGUUCUUGGAAGCAUCACCAACUUCCAAAGCCUACAGUACUCUUGAGUUUGGUUGUAGCAAAAAGUGGUGAAGUACAAAAUUGAAAAACCAAAGAUUUACUAUAUCUUUGCAGUUGACAACUUUUCCGUGCAACCAUUUCUAAGCUUGCUGUAGCUCUGGGAAGUAAGCCCUGAAUUGACGAUCCCUAAAAGUUGCCCCAACUUCCGGGCGCUACAGUACUCUUAGAAGUGGUCAUAGAACAAAGCGGUCAACUUGAAAAACAAAGUACUAGGUGUGAAGUUUUCACAGAGAAAAGAAUCGGAAUCGACAAAACUACGGUACUCUUUCAAAACAAGUUUCCAGACAAUCUUCCUCGUUCUCUACGUGCGCGCCUACCUCGAAUCGCGCAAAAUCGGUCCGAUCACCCGUUCGCCGGUGAUUCCCGACUGGUACCGCAACGAAUUCCCGAAUGGAUCACAGCUCAACGCGCAUUUCAAAGCGUUCACGCACGAUUACGAGGUGAAAGGAUCGCGAGGAAGAUGGGGAGAAUGGAGUGAAAAAAGAAGAUGGGCGAUUUUGAAGGUCCAGAAGAUUCUGGACGAUUCGUUCGGUGAAAGGAGCCAAAUCUUUCGAAUCUCCGAUCGAACGUGCUUUGUUCAAAUUCCGCGCAAAAACUUCAAGUGCGGCGAGGUGUGCUACGAGUUUGAGCCCAUUUUCGAGCCGUCGCCCGACACCUAUUGUACGUAUCAAAUGUUCGGCAAUCAACGGAUCCAGGUCACGAAUUACGUGGAGGAUGGGGUGAGCCACGUGGCCGGCGUGUGCAUCUACAUCCACAAUCCGUACAUUUGGGGCGUGCGGUUCCGGACCGAGGUGAUUCGAAAGUAUUUGAAAGAGGGAAAAAAUUUUGGAAAAAUUUAA